AGUGGGUUUGAAAUUUCAGGAAGGAUGCAGUUUUGCGGUGAAACUGUAAAUGGCUCCUGCAUAAAGAGCAGCUGGUCAAGCAAUAUCCGUAUUUCCAUGUAUAUCUUCAUGAUGUGCAUCAUCCUGGCCACGUUGGCUGGAAAUCUGACAGUUAUCAUCUCAAUAGCACACUUCAAGCAGCUCCAUACGCCUACAAAUUUCUUGAUCCUUUCCAUGGCCACUGUUGACUUUUUGUUGGGGUGCUUCAUCAUGCCUUACAGCAUGGUGAGGUCUGUGGAGAACUGCUGGUACCUUGGAGAACUCUUCUGCAAAAUCCACACUAGCACAGACAUUAUGCUGAGCACAGCCUCCAUUUUCCAUCUUUCCUUCAUUUCUGUUGAUCGCUACUAUGCCGUGUGUGACCCACUGAGAUACAAAUCUAAGAUAAAUACGUGCAUCAUAGUGGUCAUGAUUGUCAUAUGUUGGACCAUCCCUGCUAUUUUUGCCUUUGGGAUGAUCUUUCUGGAGCUAAACUUAAAAGGAGCAGAAGAGAUUUUCUAUAAUCAUAUCCACUGUGUGGGAGGCUGCUUUGUCUUCUUUAGUGAAACUUCAGGUGUGGUGGCCUCCAUGAUUUCCUUCUAUAUCCCUGGAUUUGUUAUGUUGUGCAUCUAUGGGAAAAUAUACGCUAUAGCCAAGAGGCAGGCAAGAUCCAUUAGAGAUGCAGCUAGCCAAACGCAGAUCAGAUUUGAAAUGAAGUACCACAUUUCACCAAGUAGAGAAAGGAAAGCUGCAAAGACAUUAGGCAUAGUGAUAGGUGUUUUUCUCAUAUGUUGGUCUCCAUUUUUCUUCUGUACUGUCAUUGACCCCUUUAUGAACUACUCAACACCACCUAUUCUUAUUGAUGCAUUGGUGUGGUUUGGUUACCUGAAUUCUACAUUUAACCCAUUAGUGUAUGCAUUUUUUUACAUGUGGUUUCGCAGAGCAUUAAAACUGAUUCUGUUUGGGAAAGUUUUCAGACAGGACUCUUCCAGGACUCAAUUAUAUUUAGAAUAA